GCUUUAUGCUCCAGAAAUUCCGGAAGCUACAGUUGUGGAAUUUCAGUAAGGGAGUUCUGCAUCGAAAUUUGGUGUAUAUGCGUGAUUGAUUUCUGCAUUGGAGUUCUUUUUAAUUUGUGUCCACAUAUAAUUAACUUAUUAUCGUCAGUGUUUAUCUGAAUGCAAGCUGCGUCCCAAAUGGCCGAACAGUCAUGCGGCUCCGUUCGGUCGGGGUUUCACAGGAUCGAGUUGAACAAAACACUUUGGGUAGUUCUUGAAAAGUACACCAGCUUAGUGCCUGUCGGUUCGGGAGCGUAUGGACAAGUUGUUUCGGCUAUCAACUUGAAGACAAAUGUAAAAUGUGCUAUCAAGAAAUUGGCACGUCCUUUCCAGUCAAAAAUCCAUGCUAAGAGGACAUACAGAGAGCUGAAGCUCUUAAAACACAUGAACCAUGAAAAUAUCAUUGGACUGUUGGAUGUUUUCACACCACAGACCUCUUUGGCAGACUUUGACGAUGUCUACCUGGUAACUCACUUGAUGGGCGCUGACCUUAACAACAUAAUCAAGACACAGAGACUUAGUGAUGAUCACGUCCAGUUCCUCGUCUACCAGAUCCUUCGCGGGCUCAAGUACAUACAUUCAGCUGGGAUUAUUCAUAGGGAUCUCAAGCCAAGCAAUAUCGCUGUCAAUGAAGACUGUGAGCUCAAGAUUCUGGAUUUUGGUCUGGCACGCCACACAGAGUCGGAGAUGACUGGAUAUGUUGCUACCCGCUGGUACAGGGCUCCGGAAAUCGUCCUCAACUGGAUGCAUUAUACCCAGACAGUGGACAUUUGGUCAGUGGGGUGCAUUAUGGCUGAGAUGUUGACCAGUAAGCCUCUCUUCCCAGGAACAGAUCAUAUAGACCAGCUCAGCCGUGUGUUGUCACUAACAGGUACUCCAGAUGAAAAGCUUCUUCAAAAAAUAAGCAGUAGGGAGGCAAGAAACUACAUUUCAUCAAUGCCAAAGUGGAACAAAAAGCCCUUAGGUGAAAUAUUUUUACAUGCAAACAAAAAAGCUUUGAAUCUGCUGGAUCACAUGCUGAACCUGGACGCUGACAGUAGAAUUACAGCAGAACAAGCCCUAGCCCACCCCUACCUCGCCCAGUAUGCUGACCCCUCCGAUGAACCUGUUGCAGACCAACAGUAUGAUGACUCCUUUGAAAAUUUGGAUCAUGAUAUACCAGAAUGGAGAAAACUUGUGUAUGGUGAAGUGGUCAAUUUCGUUCCUCAUGAAAACAUGCAGCAAAUUAUGCAAUAAAUGAUAUUAAAGGAAAUCUUACUGCAUGUGUAACUGUGGCAAUAUUACUGAACACCCUGAUCUGGCUGUAUGCAAUAUACACUGACAUUCGCUGGUUCAUACGCCGUGGACAUCCUUCUGAAACAUGCGUCCAAGUGAUUGAUGGGUAAAACACGAUACAAGGCUAGAUCAUAAACAGUCGGUCAACAAAACAAUUCAUUUUUUAGUAUUUCUCAUUCUUUCUGUGAACAAAUAUAUUCAAGUAAAAGAAUUCUACUUUUAACUGCUAGUCAGUAAGUUGUAUUGUAAAAGAAAAUGUUCUAUGUAUCAUUUAAGGUGUAUGUGUGUCAUUUUUUUUAUCCAGAUACCAAAAUUUUGAAGUUUUGAGGAAUUGUGAAGUUACCCGACACCAUAUCUGGAUGUGAUGUUUGGUAAACUUCAAGCAAACCACCUUUUUUGUCAAUAGAAAGUAUUUUCAUUGUAAUAUACAUUUAAAGAAUUCUAAAUUUGUUACAGUUUAUAGUUCUGAUUUCAUGUUUUUCACACUUAACAUUUAACUGCAUUUGGUAUGGAUGUUUAUGACCAAAUCAGGUUGAUCACUGUUACAGUAGACUGAUUACCUUUAUGUCUUGUGAUUACAAAAUUGCUGAUUCCAUGUGAUUAAGGUACACUUUGCCAUUUCAUUGUAGACAACAUUUGACAUAUCGUCUCUUACUUGUUCAUGAUUACAACACACAUGCAUAAACUAAAUAAUCUGUGUAUAUAUAUGUAUGUAUAAGGAGUACAUGUACGUGUAUGUACAAACGAAACAAAGCAAGAUUUAGUUACUAGUGCUUUCGUCUGUAUUUGGUUUUAUCAGACAACCGUAGAUUUUGUAAUAUAUGUAGGCGUCAUUCCUAGAUUUGUUGUUGGAUCGAUUAAAAUUCAAUUGAUUUUUAAAUCAUGACAUGUAAUUGAUGAGGCAAGAUCAUUUAUUUUCAUUCAAGAUCAAUCUGCUUGUCACAAAUUAAGUGAUUGUCUGUGACUGAACAAUUUGAUACUUUUUUAUCUGAAUUGUACAGAUAUUAUAUGUGAUUGUUAUCUAGUUGCAUUUGGUUAUUUGAUCACUGCAAACCAAGUCUUUUGUGCACUUGUUAUAUAUUAUUUUGACAGUAAUGGAUCAAAGAGUUUAAAAAUAAUAAUUUUGUUUUGCUAAAAUAAAUGCAGAGUUACCUAUUCUUGUCCUGUAAUUCUGUAAACAAUGCUAAUAUAAAUGCUUUGAAAAAAACAGCGGAAGCUGUGUAUAAAUUACUGUUUGAUUGUUGUAGAAAUUCUUUAUUCUAUUUCUUGUUAAAGUUUUGUAAAUUUAUUACACAUAUAUAAAAAGAACUAUUUCUUUUUUAUGUACGGUACUUACCUCUGAUAUCAAGUUCCUGUGUUACUUUUCUUCAAUAGUACUGGGCCACAUUGUUCAAAAGUUGAUUAGCUUGAUCACCACUUGAUUAGUGAAAAUCUCAUUUACCCCUUUACUUCAUUAAAGUUCAAACUUUUUGUGUAUAUUCCUUCAAAUGGGCAGGUAAGGAAGAGGCUGAGGAGUAUUAGAGUUUCAUAAAUUUUGUCAAGUUAUUUUUACCACAAAUUAUUUAAUCAGGAUUUUGAAAUUUCUGUUGAAUUGAUUAGCCUAUAUCACCUUUUGAACAACUGGGCCUAGUACUUAGUAUCAGGUCUUAUUACCAGGAAUCUGUCAGUCAUGUAAAUUUGGGAUUAGAUGUACUUUGUUAACUGUUGAAAACUCAUUCCAAACCUGACAGAUGACAUUAGUUUGCAUAAUUUUGAUAUAAUGUGUUAAAAAAUUUCAUGUGUUUGUAGUAUAUGAAUUACAGUAUAUUUAAGAUUUAUAACUGUUUAUAAGCAAUGAUUUCAUAUUAAAAAAAAAAAAUUCCAAACAGAACAAUUUCAGUAGAUCAAACCAGUGUAAAUAUUCCAUCAGACUUCCUUAUACAAGUGACCAAUGUGUAAUUAAUCCUAGACGGUACAUGUAUAUUCAGCAUUUGUACACAAGGCUGAAUACCAGACACAGUCGCUGUAUGCUGAAUGAUUUGUAAAUCUCGGAGGUUGUCAAAUAUAAAGUUAACUAUACAAUUGAUAAAUGUUUUUAGACUUCCUCUUGGAACUUUUCAGUUCAAAAAUAGAUUUUUGCUAUGAACUUGUAUUUGGUUUAUGAAUUAAAUUUUCUAUAAUUAUUCUCUUUUUGUACUAUUUUAAUUCAAAACUAUGCAGUGCAUUGUUUCAUGAUAUAAACUUAUUGUGGUGAUCAGUUUUAUUGUUAUGUCAUUGUUUGAACAGUACUGUAAUAAAAUGUUCAUCAGGAGUCAUUGUUCUACAUCAAUAUGUAGAUAACGUUCAUCACGAUAUGCUUGUCCUUGGAUUGAUAAAGUUCUUUGAGCUGGA